CUUUCCACCGGACACUGUGAGAGGAAUUCACCUUUCAACAGGACAAUAACCUAAAACACAAAUCUAAAUCUACACUGGAGUUGCUUACCAAGAAGACAGUGAAUGUUCCUGAGUGGCUGAGUUACAGUUUUGACUUAAAUCUAUUUGAAAAUCUAUGGCAAGACCUGAAAAUGGUUGCCUAGCAAUGAUUAAGAACCAAUUUGACAAAGCAUGAAAACAUUUGAAAAUAAUAUUUCUGUAUUUCAUUAUCGAUUAAUUGGCAAAAAUGUCUAAAAACAUGUUUUCACUUUGUUAUUAUGGGGCAUUGCAUGUACACAAUACAUUUCAAGAAUUUAGAAUUCAAGCUGUAACACAACAAAAUGUGUAAUAAGUAGAGGUAUGAAUACUUUCUGAAGGCCAUGUAAGUGGAUUAUGUUGUCAUUUCAUAAGGAAGAGAGGUACUGGGUCAUCUGGGUCAAGAUAAAGAAGUGUAGCUUCAGCAUAGAGCUGUUGUGAUCCAAAUGGAUGGAUUCCAUUUCUCUGACUCCAAUGAGAAGGAUUGCCACUGAUGGGGGAUAGGUGGAUGGGGAUGAAGAGAAAGAAGGGUGGAUAGAGGGGGACAAAGAAGACAUAGAACCCCCUAACUUUCUUGAAUAACCGUAUCUUCUCUCCCAUCAUCCAUCUGGUCAUAUUGUGGGCAUGCUGUUACACAUAGGCAUUUUAAUAAUUUCUGAUAAAAAGAUAACUAUAUUCACUUCAUAAACAUGAUGUAAAAUCAAAAUGUACUUGUACGCUUUCUCACAUAUUUUUUAUAUUCAGUUUUCAGUUUAGCUUCCACAUAAUAGGCUGCAGUCAACAUAUGAACCCAUCAGCCUGGCUCUUGUGAACUUGCUUGCAAAGAUCGCCAUCUAGUGGGACACAUCUUUUACCACAGGCUGUGACAAUCAGGCCUAUGUUCAACUUUUUCAACUCUUUGUCUGCUGCACAGUACACCCCUAAGUGUGAAUAUAAUGCAAAAAACUACGCCCAUGUUCCAAUUGAACAGCAAUGCAUUGGUCUCAUAUAGAGGGUAGAUAAAUUGCAAUAUCUGAAAACAGGAAAACAUUUCCUCUCACAUCUCAUCUUCUGGGUCGUUCCAUGUCAUUUCAGCAAGCCAUGACACAAACCAUCUCAGAUUGUUCUGAAAUUGUUUCUGUAGUAGAAAAACAGAUUAAAUAAGCAUUCCAGCAACAAUAUUUGGUUGAAAUAUAAUUUGAUCUCUGAGAAAUUAAACGAAUUGAUUGCAUCCAAAUUGGCCAUUUAAAUGUAUAGGAUUCAUAUAAUAUUUAAUAAAUAUAGUAACUGGGGCGGCAGCGUAGCCUAGUGGUUAGAGCGUUGGACUAGUAACCAAAAGGUUGCAAGAUUGAAUCCCUGAGCUGACAAGGUACAAAUCUGUCGUUCUGCCCCUGAACAAGGCAGUUAACCCACUGUUCCAACGCCGUCAUUGAAAAUAAGAAUUUGUUCUUAACUGACUUGCCUAGUUAAAGAAAGGUAAAAUAAAUAUAGUACCUAACAUCCGAUUUGGACCAAACUUUUUUCUAACAAUGAGUAAAACACAAGGAAUCCAAAAGUCACCCACAGACCCCCCACACCCCACGACAAUCCAGAGGAGGCUGGUGGAAGGAGCCAUAGGAGGGCGGGCUCAUUGUAAUGGCCGGCAUGGAAUCAAUGGAACGGAGUCCAACCAGUUGUUUCCAUGUGUUUGGUACCAUUCCAUUAAUUCCAUUCCAGCCAUUAUAAUGAGCUACCUUCUAUAGCACCUCCCACCAGACGACACUGCGCCAAUCUCACCCCCAACAACUCCAUGCCGCCUCAAUGUUAAUAAAGGGAUAGUUCACCCAAAUUACAAACUGACGUAUUGGUUUCCUGACCCUGUAAGCAGUUUAUGGACAAGGUAUGACAGGAACCGAUGCUUUGGUUUUGUUUACCGAGCCACUGUUUCUUUUUAGCAUUUGUUGCACAUAUCCAAUGCAAAUCAACGGUACCUAUAUUAGCAUUUUUACACUUCAUGUCCAAAUCAUCUGUAAGUAACAACAGGAACCACAUUUCCAUCCACAAUUUUUAGGCCAGUAAAGUCCAACAUAUAAAAAUAACAUGACAGCUGUGAUGGAAACAGGAAGUUUCGUUACAAUUGUAUAAAUGCAGACAGAUCAUUAUUUCGUUCGACAUGGUGGGAUCUUUUUGUGUAUGAAAAAUUAAUUAUGCAAGAAAAGGUGGUGCAAAUUACAAAUAUUGUAAAUAAUAACCAUCAUAUCGAAGUAAACUUGGAGUCACAAAGUGAUAUGGUUUGUGGUCCUCCCUAGGGUUGUGGUGGUAGUGACAUUUUGUCAGCUGUGAUUGUCAAGCAAAUAACUGCCGGUCUCAUGGUAAUUGACCAUUAAUUAACACAUUUAGCAUCUCCUGGCUUCCACGCAUAGCCUACAAGCCACUGAUGCAGACCUUUGGAACAUCUACAUUUUAAAAAGUCUAUUAAAUCCAUGUAAUACAGCCUAUACCAUCACAAUAAAUUCAUUAUUUAUUUUAGACAGGUCUAAAGAAGUCUAUUUCAGAAUAACAGAAUAGCAUACUCUUGAGUUGUCCUUGUGUUAGGCCCUGAUAUGGCUAAGCCAUAUGGCUAGUUAAUUUAGCAUACAAGAUUUGCUUAGAAUUCCAUUGCAUUAUUUUAUAGUUUGAAGAAUACGAUUGAAUAAAAUAGAAAAUAUAUUUUCUCCAAAGAUUUAAGGAGUGUGCACAUGUGGCUAUUCUGUGUAGAGCAGUUAACAAAGAGGUAUUAUGGUCACCAUAACAGCCCUAGGACUCUUCCCACUAUGACUCGGGAAACCAUGCAGUUUAUUAGGCUACAGAUUAAAUAAAUCAUAAUGAACUUCACAGGGUGGUGAAAGUGCACAGUACAGUGAUGAGUUUUCCAAUAAAUAUUGAAGGUCUUAUUCUGGUGACAUGAUGAUCGAUGCUUGACUACCGUUUGACAAAUAAAAAUAUUCUGUCUCUUAUCCAUAAUAAUCUCAUCAUGUAGACUCACUAGACUAUUUGUAUAGCCUACCCGCACUGCAAGUUGUUAGCUAAAGAGCGCAUGUGCCAAGACCAGAGUAGGCACAUUUGCUAUUUUGCUCAACAGUUUUGUUAACAAAACUAUCGAUGGAAAAUGCCAUGGAAACACAUUUAAAAUGUUUAUUCGGUAUAUGAAAACUUGAGGAAAAACUACAUUUUGUGUGCACUAAGUCAUCACCUAUUAAUUUUUGGGGGAAACAAGUCAGUUUGGUGGAAACACCACAGGUGGGAAAAUGUGCAUAUUUUCUUAAUGUGGAUUUUAGAAUAUUCACAUGAAAAUCUGUUGCCAAUUGGAUGGAAACCUAGCUAUUGAGUUACACAAUACAUGUUUUGGUACAUUAGGAUGAUUUGGACAUGAAGUGUGAAAAUGCUAAUAUAGGUACCAUUGACUUGCAUUGGAUUUGUGCCACAAAUGCUAGAAACUUUAGUGUUUACCUGGUAAGGAAACCAACAUUGAGGGGAGGGGAUUAUUUAUAUUUUUUAAUCACCUAAUAGCAGGUACAGCACCAUCUAGUGGUCAGAACCUGGUAGUAUCAGGAUGUAUAAUGGCACAUAAACCAAACGACUUCAAUGAUUGGUUUCUAUAAACGGGGGACAUCACCAAAUUCACUGGGAAUGCAUUACAUAGGAUAAAGAAACAAUACUCCGAGCAGCAGCUUCAUACUACUUUUCAGACAUAGAGAACUGAUCAUAUAUACUCGUUGCUGGGGUGGUUUUGGUGUGGGGGGUCCGUGGGUGGCUUUUGAGAUUCGUCAUGUGUAUUUAAUUGUUAGUAUAUUUGGUGGAAAUCGGAUUUUAAGUACUAUAUUUAUUGAAUAUUAUACGAAUCCUAUACAUUUAAAUGGCCAAUUUGGGUGCAAUCAAUUAGAUUCAUUUCUCAGAGAUCAACAAAAUUAUUUUGCAGGAUGCUAAUUUAAUCUGUUUCUAACGACAGAAAUUAUAUAAGAACAAUCUGAGAUGGUGGGUGUCGAAAUACUUUCUUGUACUUUUUCAAGUGGAACGACCCUUGUAUUCUAUGUACUCAAUGUUAAUAUCAUAUGAGGUAAUAAAACGAGUGUAAAUUGCUUCUUCUUUUUUAAUAAUUUCAUUUGGAGUGUAGAAAUCAAUACAACACACACAAACACACACACACAGGCAACUGUAUGAUUGUUGUCAGGUACAGUAUGACCAUUAAUAUCUCUAGACAAAAUUGUCAAAUGCCUUGCAGCCCCACCAUAGAUUGAUCUGCAUUAAUUAAGAUUUAGCCUAUUAAACAGCAAAUCUUUUUUACCCAAGUGAGUCCAUUUUAUCAAUGAUAGGCUCUUCCCUCAAGAGACAAUAACUUUUUCAACUGCAACACACGCUUAGAAAUAACAUUCUGUUAUCAAAACAAUGCAAACUUUUACAAAACGAUGAACACCGGAAUUUGCAGAAAUAAAAAUUAACAGCUUCCACCGUUUAAAAAAUACUGCUAUUAUUGGUUUACGCAACGAAAUUCAAGACCACAAUAACCAAUCACAACCAGUAUGAAGAAUAGCAAGGGGCGCGGUUUACAUACGGACCAUCCAAUCGGUAGAGACUGUACUGGAGUCCCGGGCUGGACUGGGCCUCGGUCUUGCCUGGUGUCAUGCAACCGACUAUUGAAUAUGUGAUGGCGGCAGAAGACUUGAGAAUUCCCGGGGAGGGAAUUCUUAUAGGGGAUAAAAUAUACUCUGGUGUAACCCUAACUUUAGAUAACUGUCUCCUGCCGCCGGAGCGACUACAGCAGAGUCCGUCCGCUGAACAUGGGCUCUCCGCGGAUACCGAGGAGCAGCUGCGAAUGCGGGGCUGUGAGUUGAUACAGGCCGCGGGUAUUCUGCUUAGACUCCCGCAGGUAGCCAUGGCCACGGGGCAGAUCCUUUUCCAGAGGUUCUACUACUGCAAAUCGUUCGUCAGACACUGUGCAGAGAUGGUUGCCAUGGCUUGUGUGCACCUGGCUUCAAAGAUUGAGGAGGAACCGCGCAGGGUACGCGAUGUUCUCAAUGUGUUCUACCACCUCAAACACAGCAAAGGCAAAAGGACCCAGGUCCCCAUGCCUUUGGAUGCCAGCUACAUCAGUGCCAAGGCUCAGGUGAUCAAGACGGAGAGGAGAGUGCUGAAGGAGCUGGGCUUCUGUGUGCAUGUCAAACACCCCCACAAGAUCAUUGUGAUGUACCUCCAGGUGCUGGAGUGUGAGAAGAAUACAAAGCUGGUACAGACAGCUUGGAACUACAUGAAUGACAGUUUGAGGACAGAUGUGUUCCUGAGGUUCAGUGCUGAGACCGUGGCCUGUGCCUGUAUCUACCUGUCAGCCAGAACACUUCAGAUCCCUCUGCCGGACCAGCCCCCCUGGUUCCUGCUGUUUGGUGCGUCUGAGGAGGACCUGAGGGAGAUCUGUGGGCGGAUCCUGAGGCUGUACUCACUGCCCAACGUCUCCCUCCCCAGUAUGCUAAAAGAAGUGGACCAGUGUCACCUGGCCCUGGAUGCACGCAUCGCCAAGGCUAAGCUGGCAGGAGGGGGACUGCUGGCUGUGGGCACCCCCACCCUGGACGUCCCCUCCAGCUUCUCCCCUGCCUCCAAAGCAGCGUCGCCUGCUGUACCACAGACCAACAGGGAGUCUCCCCUAAAUCAAGUCGCCCUAAAAAAUGCCUGCCGGAAACUCACUAACGGAGACGAGAAGAAAAGAGGGAGUCGUAGUGAUGAGAGGAGAGAGACUCAGUCCAUGUCUCCUUCCAGAAGAAGACGCAGUCGCAGUGUGUCUUCUCCUUUGCGCUCUGUCUCUCCCACCCACCGCCAGAAAAUCAGUCGCAGGGAUAGAGAAAGGGAAAAAGAGCGGGAGCGUCGGCGGGAACGGGAGAGGGAGCGAGGAAGAGGAAGGAGAGAUGAAUACUCACGUAGAAGAUAACUCUCAUAGGUGUUAUCAAGGAAGAGCUAUCGUAAAUGACCUAUGGAACAGCACAUCAUGGACCAAAUACAAGCCAGACUUUCCAAUGUUUUCACUUUUGUAGAUUGUUUGUAUUACAUUAUAAUUUGGGAAACUAUGCUCUAAGAUCAUAGUCCAAAGCUUUUGUCUGAACAAUAUUUUUGAAAUAAAAAUGCUUUUAGAUGA